UUACAGUAAUUGCCAUCCCUUAAAAGGAAAAUCACAGUACACCAGUCCAGAGACCUAUGUAAUAGCACUAGAAUUAAGCAGUCUUAUGGCUUCAGGGUACAGGCUAUUAGAAAGUCUUGUAGUUCGUGCCUGUAAUGACCUGUAUCUUCUGCCUGAGAGUUGGAACAGGUGGUAAGCGGGGUGCUGACAGUCUUGCAAAAAUAUUUUGCACUCUUCGUAGACAGCGUGUAGUGUAUGUCUGGAAGAGGUGUCCCAGUGAUUCUCUGUGCUGUUUUCACCACACGCUGGAGUGCCUGCUGGUCUGCUUUUGUGGAGCCUGAGUACCACACCAAGGACCCAUACAUCAGAACGCUGCUGAUCGCACAGCUGUAAAACUUCACCAGCAGCGGUCUGGGGAUGUGGUAGCCUCUUAACUUCCUCAAGGAGUUAAGUCUUUGCUGGGCGUGAGAUUACCGUUGGUCAAUAAAGUGAACUGUGAAUCGUAUACUCUGCGCUGUGUAUUAUUACCCACUAGCCUACCCAAGGACUAAUAUUGAAGUAACUCGUAUGGCCAAAGUACAGUCAUUUUGCAGCUAAAAAUGUCUAUUUCUGGAAAUUCAAAAUGGCGGACCAUGAAGAAGAUUCACCUUUUCAUGUAGCCUAUGAAAAGUGCAAUUUUCCCAGUCAUAAUGAAUACAUAGAAUUUGAUGGUGGUGGUAAGUAUUCAUGAAAAAGGUAACUUUAGUGAAUGGGCAGCAUGAAUUCUGGAAAUAAACAACGAAAAUCUUACACAGUGCACCUUUAAUCUGUUUUAAACAGCCUGUAUUCUUCCACAGGAGAUGGUCUCUCACACAAAUCAAUGCUCCUUUCCAUGUGUUGUCAAAAAUAAUCUUGGGUUGAUUUGAUUCGAGGCGAGUAGGCCUAGUUAUCACAUCACAAGCUUUUUACUCUGAAUAUUCCGGUAGGCCUAGGCUACUUUAUUGACAUUUUCCUUUAUUCUUACCCUUAUGUUAGCCUAUUGUGUCCAGCCACCAGAUGGAGUGCAUGGUCUUCCUCUAGUAGACUACCAGUGCGCCCCGCAAAGUUUUGCUGGCGCAACACAUCAUGCACUUCAGUAGCCACAGCACAUGCCUUUUUUUUGUUGUUGCUACGAGUUAUUGAGCGCGUUGCAGGAAACAUCAGCAUUGAAAUGCCGCGGGAUUUACCGGAUAUCUCAAAGCCACCACAGGAAAAAAAAACUUGGCUUUGAGGUCUGAUGUCACUUGCAAACUGCAGCCUGGGCCGAAUCCAGCGGCGGUUUGAAAAGCCAGAAACGCGAGGCAUGACGUCUACUCCUCCACAGACUGACAGCGGAAUAUCAUCGCGCGGAUAAACACAGUCGGGAACAGGUGCACCGUUACAGAGUCAAUGAUGAAAGGUAGGUUUGAAUUUUCAGGAAGAGGGAAAAGAACACUGAUUCACCCGCCAUAUUACUCUGGUUCUUCCCCUUAAUUGACUUGUGUCAUGGGAAGAUGGUAUGAAACUUCUAAAACGGCAAAAACUAUCUUUGGCAAAUGACGCACUAAAACCCGAAGUCUUGCGAGAGUGAGUAGCCAUGCAUGGUUAGGCCUGGUCUUUCUCUCCCACCUUAUGGGCAGUUUUAAAGUAAUUAAACAAGGCACGUCUUGUCUUGACAGGAAAUGUAGGUAACUUCUAUAAAUAUCUCUUGUUUUUUUUAGUUUUUGUGCGCGCGCCUGAGAGAGCUUCUGAGGUUGAGCGGUGGACCGUGGCUCCUGUCCCCCAUUUGCAUCAUUACUAUUCGCCUGUUUGUGACACGAGGACGUAGGCUCAUGAAGAAAACCCACUGUUCAUUUAUAUGUCUGGGAUACUUGUAGGCCUAUAUGGUGUUCUUGUGCCUGCAAGCCAGUUUUGAUGUAAAUGUCCAUUGACUUCGCAGAUUCCCCCUCACAAACAGUGGCGGACCUAGGAGAGCCAAGUCCAGAGGAGGAGACCAUGGACCUCAGCUGGAAGGAGGAGCCUGCGAAGGUGAAGGAGGAAGAGGAGAAGGAGGAAGAGGAGAAGGAUGAAGAGGAGAUCAGCAGGCAGAUGGAUCCUGAGGAGGAGGAGGAAGGGGAACGCCCAGAGUCUGGGGGUGCAGUCGAAGCGGAGGAGAACCUGGUGAAGAAGGAGGUGGAGGAGAGGAACAGCGACGACGGACAGGCAGAGGAGGAGGAGGAGGAACGUGUGAGCAAUGCUGGUGAGGAGGACGGCAUGGACAGAGACGAGGAGGAGGAGGAGGAGGAGGAGAGGGCCGACUCUGUGGUGGAGUACGGAGAAGAGGACGCGAUGUACGUGGACGACACCCAAGAUUCGCCCAUCAACUACGCCAAAUACGACAGCCCCACGCCUGUAGACGGUGGUGGUGGUGGGGUUAUUGGCGGUGAUGGUGGUGGUCAUGAUGAUGGGUGGAGUGGGUCUCCCGGAGCAGGGGCAUCAGGAGGAGGGCAGCAGCAGCAGCUGGUCACCAAACUGAGCUGUGACAUCUGUGGCCUGGCCUGCGUCAGCCUCAACGUGCUGCUGGUCCACAAGCGCAGCCACACCGUAGGCGAGCGUCCGUUCCACUGCCAGCAGUGCGGCGCCUCCUUCACCCAGAAGGGGAACCUGCUGCGCCACGUCAAGCUGCACACGGGCGAGAAGCCCUUCAAGUGCCCCAUGUGCAGCUACGCCUGCCGCCGCCGAGACGCCCUCAGCGGACACCUGCGCACACACUCAGUGGAGAAGCCCUAUAAGUGUAAUCACUGUGGCCGCAGCUACAAGCAGCGCAGCUCACUGGAGGAACACAGGGACCGAUGCCACGUCUACAUGCAGACCAGGAACAACACAGAGAGAGGUGUUGAAGAGGUGAGCAGGAAUGGUGGGCGUCCUCAGCCUGGUGUGGAGCGGGCCAUCCUCCUGGACAAGCUGGCCAGCAACGUGGCCAAGCGCAAAAGCACCAUGCCACAGAAGUUUGUAGGAGGAGAUGCCCCUGCGUGCCUGGACUUGUGCUUCAAGAGGGAGCCCGGGGUGAUCCAAUCCAGCUCCGACCUCCAAGCCCAGGCCUCCUCCAUCUCCUCCUCCACCACCACCCCAGACGGGCAACAGGGAAACCCCCAUCUCUCCUCCUCGGACGUCGACCAGAAACCCCCCAUCCACCACAGGAGCUUCCUCUCCCCCAGUAACAGCAGCGGAGGUGGUGGUGGUGGUGGUGGUAGUGGAACCCCCCUCUCCCUCACCAAUGGAGACCGCUCCACACCUGGUGGGAGCCUUCACCACCACCAACACCACCACACACCACCUCCCCCAGGGCACCUGUCUCUGAACACCCCCCAUUCCCACCACCACCAGCACCAGCACCAUCUGGAUGGUGGUACGCGACGUGGCCGCCAUACCAACGACGGCCACAGGGGGUCUCUCUUGCAGCAACACCACCAACAGGAGCAGCAACAGCAACAGCAGAUACCCUUCAACCUGGCACACUUGCUGGUGCCCGGACCCGGGGCUGCCACCAACGGCUUGCCCCCCUUCCCCCUGCCCCACCACCACCACAUGCUGCCACCCCACCCACCCGGCCACCAUCCACCGCCGAUGCCCCCUCAGGAGUUGCUGCGGGUGGUGGCGCAGACGGGGGGCAAAGGCGGCAGCGGGGGCGGGGGCGAGGCCGUGGUGGGCACCUACAUGUGCGGGCACUGCCGCGUGCUGUUCCUGGACUACGUGAUGUUCACCAUCCACAUGGGCUGCCACGGGUUCCGCGACCCGCUGGAGUGUAACGUGUGCGGCCACCUGAGCCGCGACCGCUACGAGUUCUCGUCGCACAUCGCCCGCGGGGAGCACUUCCUGGAGAUCAAGUAAGGAGGAGGAGGAGGCGGCAGAAGGACAACACACACUGACAUACACAGACACAGACACACACGUACACAGUGACACACACACACACACACGCACACACACACACACACACAUACGCACACAAACACACACAGGGCGACUAACAGCUUUGGCUGGGCCCAGGACAAAGAGAUCUGAAAGGGCCCCCCACCCAAUACAUACAAUGUAAUGAGGAUGCAUUCCUGGGCCCCUCGUUUCCCUGGGCCCGGGACAACUGACCACACCUUUGUCCCCCCCUGUCAGCUUCCCCGCAGACACACACACAUAUACACGCACGCAUACACACACGCACGCACGCAUGCACACACACACACACGCACACACACACACACACACACACACACACACUCACACACACACACACACACACACUUUGCGAACACAAUUUGUUACCCUCCACUGCUGAACAUUACCAAAAAUGUAGCAUGGCAGCCUUACCAGCAGUGUUUUUUAUACAGUAUUUCUUAAUGAUUUUUCUUGCCACGGAGAGAGUGGGAACGUGAUAUCAGGUAGGGUUGGGACAUGACCCAGGCUGGAUUCGAAAUGCGCUGUGCCAAAUUCAUACUUUUGUUCAUCUCAGGAGAAUUAAUGAGUUGUUCUGUAUGCUUUUUCACAUAUUUUUUAUUUGUUUAUACAUAUUUUAUAGAUACUGUUUUGUUUUAUACGACAAUGUAAGAAAGGGUGUGGCUGUUUUGGGGUUUUUUUCCCCCCACAAUCCGUAAUGUGGCCAUGAUACCUUUGUUUUGUUUUGAAGAUUCGUGUGUUAUGAGCAUAAUUUAUUGUUUGGCAGCUAACAGCAAUAAUAACUAUUGUAUGUUGUCAAUGGAUUGCAUCCAUUUCACACCAUGAGGGUUAUUUAGUUCUUUUUAAGUGUAUGGUACUGUAAUGCGGUUAUAUUCUUAAAGGGUAACUUCCGCCAAUUUCAACAUGCAGUUGUAAUGCGUACACUACCCUGGACUUGUCAGUGCCUUAGAAUUUUUUUCCUCAGCCUUUUCUGAGAUCCUGCUCAUUGUAAUGGGGGUUUGUGUACAUUUUUAUUCAGCUCUAUUCAUUUUAUUCAUUCAUUAUACAUCUUUUUAUUUAUUUGGGAAUAUAUUUAUUCCCAAAAACAUCCAAAAGAUUAAGCAACAUCAGCCGACAACUAGCAAACAACGAUACCUUUUGGGAAAAUAUUUGGAGUAGGCCUAUGUUAAGGAAAAAAUCUGCCCCCAUAAGAAUAGCUCAGAUCUCGGAAAGGGCUGAGCCGGAAAAUGCAGCAUCACCAGGUACUGACAAGUCCAGGGUAGCAUGAGCAAUACAACAGCAUAUUGAAAUUGGCAGAAGUUACCCUUUAAGAUUUGGAAAAAUAUUAUGCAAUGAACUGAUGUAAAUAUGCAUUAAGAUCAUGUCCGUGCCUUAAAUUCUUGUAUAAAGGGAUGUG